CAUACAUCCGCCUUGGUCUGCACGUUAUAAACAAAGCAACGCUUCUGUCGCUGCAACACUUUGCGCAGUUUAAAAAUACAACAGAAAGUUGUUCGUGGACUUUUUACAUCACAGGAGUGAUCAUCCCCGGACAAUCAGAAGUUUAAUCCGCAGGCUCUGCAGCUCUUUGAAAUGGAUGACAUCCAGGUUGUUGAGUCCAAACCUCUGCUGGUCGACAAGGAACUGCCGGGCCUGAGAGAGGCUGUGCAGCAUCUCGUUGUCAAGGAGCACGAUGUGGAGACUCCUUAUGGAAGAGUCCGCUGUACGAUGAAGGGCGUUCCCAAGGGUGAAAGACCAGUGAUCCUCACCUUCCAUGACAUUGGACUGAACCACAAAACCUGCUGGGACACGCUCUACAACCACGAAGACAUGGCAGAGAUCACGCAGCACUUCGCUGUGUGUCACGUGGACGCCCCCGGGCAGCAUGAGGGAGCUAACACCUUUUCCACUGGAUAUGAGUACCCAUCCAUGGACCAGGUCGCUGAGACACUCCCACUGGUGUUGAAGCACUUUGGGCUGAAGAGUGUUGUUGGAAUGGGCGUUGGAGCGGGGGCCUACAUUCUGACCAGAUUUGCUCUGGACUACCCAAACAUGGUAGAGGGGCUGAUGCUCAUCAACAUCAACCCAAGUGCUGAGGGAUGGAUGGACUGGGCAGCACACAAGAUCAGUGGAUGGACCCAUGCCACGCCUGACGCGAUUAUCGGACACCUCUUUGGAAAGGAGGAGAUCCACAACAACCACGACUUGAUCGGAACGUACCGCCACCACAUCAUGCACGACAUGAACCAGUUCAACCUGCAUCUCUUUGUCAAGUCCUACGAAAGCCGGAGGGAUCUGGAAAUUGAGAGGCCGAUGCCUGGAAUCAAAGUCGUAACCCUCAAGUGCCACUCACUGCUGGUUGUUGGCGACAGCUCUCCUGCCGUGGAAGCUGUGGUUGAGUGCAAUACCAAGCUGGACCCAACAAAGACCACCCUGCUGAAGAUGUCUGACUGCGGAGGCAUGCCCCAGAUUGACCAGCCUGCCAAACUGACAGAGGCUUUCAAGUACUUCAUUCAGGGCAUGGGAUACAUGCCCGCUGCCAGCAUGACCCGCCUGGUCCGCUCCCGCACCGCCUCCGGCUCCAGCGUCACCUCCUUCGAGGGAAACCGCUCCCGCUCCCACACCCAUGAGGGGAAUCGCUCCCGCUCACACACCAACGAGGGAAACCGCGGCCACAGCCACCUGGCCAACAGCAACGUGGACCAAGCUGUGCCCAAGUCCACCGAAGUGUCCUGCUAAGUGAACCAUCGCUCUCCAGGCACCGAGACCUCUCAAGGUCCCUUCGGUUUGUGCUGCGCUGCCUCUAACUGACACACACACAUUCCUACGCACUUGCACACCCGUGGAGAGGGCAGUAAGAUAGCAUGUGUUUUUGUAAAAAAGCACAGUGGACACUCACCUGCCGAUUGUUCAGUGCAGGUGAGAUGCCCCAAUUUGAAAAUAGAAUGUCUUUUAAGUGAGAGUUCAGGGUCAACAGUAAGUCUGUUCUCAAACUCUGAGGGACUCAAUUAUUUUUUUUAAAUAAAUACUUCUGAUCUCCUUGGUCAGAUGAGUUUAAAGUUGGGGGCAGCGCAGCAUUUUGGGACACCGAAGCAGAGAAUGUGGAAGAAAGCUGUGGCUACUAGUACACCAGCUUGUACAUUUAUCCCUCAUAACCCCGCAUAUAUAAAAAAAAAAAAUGUUUUAAUUCCAUUUUCUGCAUUCUUGUAUCCCGUUUUUAUCCAUUUCUACCAUAUUGACACCGCUUUCUCAAAUAUACCUGACUGUAAAUGACUGUUUUCUGUUCUCACUGUAAUUGUUUUGAUCAUUUAUUCUUUUUUUUCUAUGUCUGAAGAGUUGUUGUUUGUAUGUAGGAGCAGAUUUGUAGAAGUCGAGAGAGAAUUGGAGGCACUUGGAUAAAUACAAAUGGCUGUUUGCCUCACAACAUUUCCAUGUCAUUUUGAAAAAGAAGGGACAGACUUCUAGUAUAUACAGCUAAUUAUAUUGUUUCAUGCCAGUAUCCAUUAUCCUUGAGUUAUUUUAACAUCUGUUCAUUGGUGGAAUCAAACUAUCAUUUUUAUUACAUUCCAAUGAGGCUGUAUGCUUUGUCGUGAAUCAAAACACUCAAACACAAAAUUCAAACUGUUUUACAUUGUAUGCUUUAUUAAUGGAUCAUGGCUUAAGACAACAAGGUUAUUUUUUAGUUUUUUAUGAUGAUUUAUAUGCAAUCAAGCACAAUGGAACAAAGAUGUGCCAUGGAUUUGUUCUUUUUUUAGACGUGAUGCUCCUAUGUGGUUGUGGAUUUUUGGGUGAGUGAAGUGAUAGGUCCACAUGUUAACAUGAGGAUAACCAUAGAUCUUACCUAACACCUUCUACUCCUGUAUUUUACUUGCACUACAGCUACAUGUUGCUUUGUAGAACAGAAACACAGCUUUGUAAAGAUGCAAUGCACAACUGUCUAAUGCUGUAGAGAAGCAUUAAAAUUACAUAACAGUUUGUAUUUAUUAAAAAAAUGACAAUAAAAAACUUGUAACUGAA